AUGUCUCUGCAUGAGUUUCUGCGGGAGGGCGGUGAGGCGUCACACCGGCUCAUGAACCGGUUCAGUCAUCUCAUCCAGAACUUGGACAUCUCUGGACUGGGCACUUCUUUUCCUUUUAGCCCUGCCAGCAGGAAGAACUCCUGGAGCUACUGGGAUGAUGAAAUCAUGGAGCUGGACAGCAGCCCUCUCCACGCUGUCGACAUCACCCCUGACCUCAAGAAGCAGUUUGCCUUCCUCUCAGGGGGUAGAGGAGAUAAUGGCAGCCCAAUCAUUGUUUUCCCAGAAUUCCCUGCAUUUGGAGAGAUCACGGAUAGAGUGUUUCACAACGUGCUGACCUACCUGACAAGUGUGCCCAGUUUGUCAUCGACAGGCGUGGGUUUCAUCCUGGUCAUUGAUCGACGGCAAGACAGAUGGGCGGCUGUUAAGGGGACCCUGCUACGUAUUGCAGGCUCCUUCCCAGGGAACCUCCAGCUGGUUCUGGUUCUGAGGCCCACCGCCCUCCUGCAGCGCACGCUUUCCGACAUCCUCUUCAAGUUCAACAAGGAUGAGUUCAAGAUGAAGGUUCCGGUGAUCAUGCUGAGCUCAGUGACUGAGCUUCACUCCUACAUCGACCGCUCCCAGCUGACUAAUGAACUCGGGGGAACGCAGGAGUACUGCCAUGAGAAGUGGAUCUCUCACCGCACUGCCAUUGAAUGCUUUGCACUCACGGUAAAGAAAACGGCACAGACCCUGCAGUCAUUUGGGACGGAGCUGGCAGAAACCGAACUCCCCAACGAGAUCCAGGCCACAAUCGUCCUGCUCAGCACUCACACCGACAAGAAAGACAAAAUGAAGGAGGAUCUGCAGGUGGCUCUGGGUCAGGGCAGAAGGCUGUUGGAGAGCAUCAAUGAGCCUGUAGCACGAGAGCCCGACCACAACAUGAACCAGGAUGAGCUGGAGAAUUUAGCCACUGUACAAAGACUGCUGUCUCAGCUGGAUGAGACCGAAAGGGCUUUCGAUGAGUUCUGGGUGCGACAUCAGACCAAAUUGGAGCAGUGUCUCAAACUGCGGCACUUUGAGCACAACUACAAAGAGGUGAGGGCUCUGCUGGAUCAGGUGUCUGAGAAACUUGCAGCCUUCUCUGAGGUCGGAACCAGCCAAGCUCACGAUGAGCACGUCGUCUGUGAACUCACAAGUUAUGAGGAGAAAGUCUGUGAGGUGCUGGACCGAGCCUCAGCUUUGUCUCGUGAGGGCGACGAACUCAUCGGGAACUCCCACUAUGCUGAAGACUCCAUUCAGCCCAAGUGCAGUGAGCUCAGAGCAAUCAGUGAGAGCGUGAGCAGCAGCCUGAGGGCCAAGAAGGAUCAUCUCCUCAAAGCCAUGGAGCUGCAUCACUGUUUGCAGAGGGCCUGUAAAUGGGUUGAUGACGGAAUAUACCUGCUGGCGUCUCAGCCGGUCGACAAGUGUCAGUCACACGAGGGGGCUGAGUUAGCGCUGCAGGAGCUGGAGCGUUAUCUGGAAAACGCAGGCCCGAACCAGCUGACAGACCUGGAAACCAUCUGGAAGGAGUAUGAUGCUGUGAUCAACCAGCAGUUCAAGGACCGAGUGGAGAGGAUUUCCCAGAAGCAGGCGUCCAUGCAGGAGAUGUUCGACAAGAGGAGGGUGAGCCUGAAGAAGCUGGCCGCCAAACAAACCAGGCCGGUGCAGCCGGUAGCUCCCAGACCUGAGGCCUUCAUCAAAUCCCCUGUCAGCUCACCUGCCCACAGAGCACAGCAGGAGAAGAACUCCUCAGAGACAGACACUGGGAACAACUGUGAGAAAGGAAAUGGCCAACUGCAGAACGGAGACAGUAUCAGCCGACAUGCCUCGCUGUCCGAGGAGGAGGAGAACCUGGCAGUUCUCAGGAGGCAUGUUAUGAACGAGCUGCUGGAAACUGAGAGAGCCUAUGUGGAGGAGCUGCUCUGUGUGUUGCAGGGAUAUGCCUCAGAGAUGGAUAAUCCCGCCAUGUGCCUCCUCAUGCCCGCGCCGCUGCAGAACAAAAAGGAGGUUCUGUUUGGAAACAUGCCUGAAAUUUACCACUUCCACAAGAGGACCUUUCUGCGGGAGCUGGAGCAGUACACCGACUGCCCUGAGCUGGUUGGAAGGUGUUUUCUAGAGAGGAUGACAGAUCUGCAGAUCUAUGAGAAGUACUGUCACAACAAGCCUCGCUCUGAGAGCCUCUGGAGGCAGUGCUCAGACUGUGCCUUCUUCCAGGAGUGUCAGAAAAAGCUGGAGCAUAAACUGGGUUUAGAUUCUUAUCUGCUGAAGCCGGUUCAGAGGAUUACCAAAUAUCAGCUCCUACUGAAGGAAAUGCUGAAGUACAGUAAGGGCUGUGAGGGGACAGAUGACCUGCAGGAGGCGCUGACCUCCAUCCUGGGCAUCCUGAAGGCCGUCAAUGACUCCAUGCACCUCAUCGCCAUCACCGGAUAUGAGGGUAACCUGAGUGAGCUGGGGAAGCUGCUGAUGCAGGGGUCGUUCAGCGUGUGGACGGAGCACAAGAAAGGUCACGCCAAGGUCAAGGAUCUGGCCCGGUUCAAGCCCAUGCAGCGGCACCUGUUCCUCCACCAGAAAACCCUGCUCUUCUGCAAGAGGAGGGAGGAGAAUGGAGAGGGCUAUGAGAAAGCUCCAUCGUACAGCUUCAAACAGUCUCUGAAUAUGAGCGCUGUGGGCAUCACUGAGAAUGCAAAGGGAGACAACAAGAAGUUUGAAAUCUGGUGCAACUCAAGAGAAGAGGUUUAUAUUGUUCAGGCACCAACAACUGAAGUAAAAACCACUUGGGUGAAUGAGAUCAGGAAGGUUCUGACAACCCAGCUGGAGGCGUGCAGAGCCAGCCAACAGAAAGCACCAGAUCAGGUUGUCCAGUCCUCUCCUGCAUCUAGUGGAACAAUAAGUCACAGUCCGUUCAAGACGAGUCAGAGGAGCUUUAAGAAGGGAGAGGAGAAGAAAGCCGAGCCCUGCAGCCCUGACAUCAACUCCUCCUCCUCCUCCUCACCAAAGCCCACAGGGAAAGACGAGGCUGCCACAAGCCCGACCUCGGACAGAGCUGCUGUGGCUAAAAAGCGCUUUACUUUGCAAGGUUUCAGUAACCUCAAAGCUCCGAAAGGAUCCCCGACGAGCCUCGACCACAAGACAAAACGCCAGAGUGACCCGACGCCAUUCGGCUUCAAAGAUGCAGGUCCUCCCCCCCUCCCCCUGAGCAGGGCCAGGUGGUUCAGCACCUCUAGUCUCUUACAGACAAAGUGGAGAGGCUGGAACAAAGCUUCCCUGUCGUUGGAUGCCUCCGAGGAGAAUGACGGCUAUUCCAGCGCAGAGGAACCUCUUAACUCUGACCCAGAGGAGGACAGCGGCAAGAAGCUGAGUGCUGGGAAAUACACGGUGUUGGACGACUACGAGAACGGCGGCGCUCAAGAGCUCCCAGUGAAGAGUGGAGACAUGGUGGAGCUGGUUAAAGAAGGAGAUGACGGACAGUGGUUUGUUCGCAAUCUGAGCACCUCUAAGGAGGGCUGGAUCGCCUCUGCUAAUCUUAUCACCCUCAUCAGAAAGUCCAAGUCUUGUCAGUCUCUCACCAGCUCAGAAGGCAGCGGCUCUGGAAACGUCAGCGCGUCGUCCAGCUGCAGCGAGACCUACGCAGGCCUCUCCGACAUCAAACCCUGAACUCCUCCGCACUUCCUCCGUCGCUGAACAUGCUUCACGUGUCCGUGCUGUAACGCCAACAUCAGUACUCAUAAGCGUUUACUAACGUUUCCACUGCAAGCUGUGUUUAUAUCGCCACAGAUCUAACUGUGGUGUCAUUGUACAGUGAAGAUAUACAGAAAUAUGUCACAUCCGGUAAACUCAUAGUGUCGUAAUCUUCCUCUAUACACACACUUGUCUGUUCAUUUUAUUUUCCACGCAGGGUGUGUGUGAGUGUAAUGUAAUAGAUGUAUGAAUUGGCCAGCAGGACUGAUCUCAGUUAAUGCAUCUUUCAGUGUCUCGUUCAAAAGGAGUGAUUAGAUGUGGCUGACGUUGUUGUUGACAUUCCC